CUAUUCAUUUCUUAAAUAACAUUAAUGAGAAUAAUAAUGUAAAUUUAUGAGCAAACCUCAACAUUUCAAUAAAAUCACUAUUAUUUUGUAUUAAUAUCGAAAUAAAUCAUUUCAAUGAAAAUCAGUGAUCAUUUCUAUGAAACUCUUGGUUGUUAUGAUACUACAAUUAAAAUAUUCAGAACUAUAUUCCAGUCUUAGUUUCAUUUAUGAUAUCGUAAAAUCCAAUAACCCCAUUCUGCCGCUAAAGAAGGCCUUAUUAAAUUGUUUCAAUUAUAUUAGUAUGGAAAAUGAUAAAAUCAUAAAAUCCCCAGAUGAAUUUACUGAUACAUUUGAAAAUUUUUUAAUGAGAAAGAGUAUAGAAAUUCUACUAAGUUCUGAUGAAAAUAUUAUUACAACGGUUGCAAAGGCUAUAAGCGAAUAUGAGUGUACAAAUUGUGAAUCCAUAGAAAGUACCUACUCGUGUUGUAUUGCAUAUGCUAAGAAGGUUGAUCAUUUAAAACAUAAUAACAAAUAUAAGAACUCGUCUUAUGAAUCUUUGGUUAGAGAUUGGAGUGUUGGCAAAACAAAAGUUUUACCAAAGUUACUUCGAGGAAACAGCAUGAUUGUCGACGAACAAUACGAUCCGGAGGAAUCAUCUGAAAUAGUUGUAUUAGCUGAUAAUACUGAAGACACAGACCACAUUACGAUGAAUAGUUACAUUUAAUAUUUAUAAAUAUUAAUGGAGUACUAAAGAAUUGUGUUAAUUGUACUUUAACUAAUUGAAAAUAUUUCAUUUGUAAAAAUUAUAUAAGACUAUGAAUAAUAAUAAAUUUUCUGUUGUCUAUAA